ACGUGUAGGGUUUGUUAUUUUUUCCUUCGGAAAGGAAUUCGAUAAUCUUGUACAUUGUUGACACUCGUUUACCGUACUGUUAGUUUUUAAAAUAAGACUGAUAUUAUCUAAUAACACGGUAUUUAAAGAUAAAUCGUUCGCACGGGAAUAUAAUAGUGUAUUAGUGAAAGAUGAAUUAUUUCGCUUGAUCUUCACUUCCCGCGCUUUUUUUUCCUGUGACUACAAGGGGGUUAAUUGUAUAAGCGAAUAAAAAAUAAUAACAACAUGGAUAAGAUUAAUAAUUAUUUAUUUUUAUUCAUGAUAACGUUUUCGUCGAUAUUUUGCGAACCGAACGAUGCGACCGUUACGCGUAUCGCGAUAUUGAAGUGUUGUCCAUACGGUCAGGAAUUAAUAGUAACGGUCGAGAAUGGCGUUAGUAAGGUUAGCAACAAUUGUGAGAAAAGUACGACAGAAUGGAAACCUAAGAUCUAUUCGCCGUCUUUACAACAGUUUAAUGAACCGUUAGACAGUUGGAAUGUCUUGGAGGGUAGGAGACCCGAAUGUCGAGAAGAUUCUGUUUUAACUAGUAUAGCUUCGAGACCCUCUCUACCUUUUAUUUAUCUCGAAGAUGGCUUUGCCAUUGUCAAUGGAAAUGUCGAAGAACCGAUCGCACCUUCCGAUUAUUGUGCCGAUCCAAAUGCUAUCCAGGUUUGCGUUAAAAAAACUCCGGAAGGUAAUCAUGCUGCUGCUACCAUGAAACCAAAGAUUAGACGCUGUUGUGGAAAAUCUGCAAUUUUUCAUGAAGAAAAAGAAUCAUGCAGCUUUGUAAACGAGUCGGAAGACACAGCACCGUUAUUGGGAGAGUCGUCAGCAAUGGUGGAUAUAGUAUCAGGAUUUCCGGCUUGUCCUCGAGGAGACAAAUACACGAUCUUGGCCGAUGUAAAAGAUGCCGUAUUGCAGCCUGACGGUAGCAUGAAAGUAGACGGUGUUAUUUUACCGAGCGGCCAGUUUUGCGUCGAGAGGAUCAAGGAACUCAACCAGGCGGUCAAGGUCUUUGCCUGUUCCGAACACGCACCUCAAAGGCCACACGUGCAAGCAACAGACAUCAGGUUAACGCUAUAUCCCGUGGGCUUUAUCAUCAGCGCAGUGUUCUUGGCAGCAACCCUGGCUGCUGGUUGGCUGUUACCAGCGUCUCAUCACGUUUUGCACUGGCGAUGCCAGACUCAUCAUGUCGCUUGCUUAAUGCUUGGCGAUCUUCUUAUGGCUAUCAUUCAGCUAGCUGGCGAUUCCCUCCGCGGCGCAAGCUGCAAAACACUUG